GGUGGGGGAGAAGGGCUUCUGCUGCUCGCCUGCUUGGCAGUCUCCGGAGGGACCUUCAGGCUGGCCCUGGCAAUGGAUGCCCCCAAGGAGCACACCAGGUGUCCUGCCCGAGGGACAUGCCCCGUGUUCCUGGCAAUGAGCUCGGGGGCUGUCCGCUACGCUCCAUCGGUUCUGGGACCUGCCCUUGACGGGAACUUGGGAGAGGAGCCUUGGGACCCAGACAGCCAGCCCCACCCAGACGAGGGCCACCCCCCGCCCCUUGAGGCUGUCCCCGUCCCCUGGAAGAGCGUGGGCCCCUGCAAAAGCCACAGGACGGAGUCCCCAAGAGGCCUGGCGGAGACCCCUGGAGGGGAGGAGGCCCAAGGUGAGGAGGGCCCUGCGGCCGCCCCGCUGGACGUGCUCCGCCUGCGAAGCUCUUCCAUGGAGAUCCGCGAGAAGGGCUCAGAGUUCCUGAAGGAGGAGCUUCACAAAGCCCAGAAGGAGCUGAAGCUGAAGGACGAGGAGUGUGAGCGGCUGUCCAGGGUGCGGGAGCAGCUGGAACGGGAGCUGGAGGAGCUGACAGCCAGCCUGUUUGAGGAAGCCCACAAGAUGGUGCGAGCAGCCAACAUGAAGCAGGCAGCGUCGGAAAAGCAGCUGAAGGAGGCGCGGGGCAAGAUCGACAUGCUGCAGGCAGAGGUGACAGCCUUGAAGACACUGGUCCUCACGUCCACACCGGCCUCUCCCAACCGCGAGCUCCACCCACAGCUGCUGAGCCCCACCAAGGCCGGGCCCCGCAAGGGCCACUUGCGCCAUAAGAGCACCAGCAGCACCCUCUGCCCCGCCGUGUGCCCCGCUGCCGGACAUACCCUCACCCCGGACAAGGAGGGCAAAGAGGUGGACACGACCCUGUUCGCAGAGUUCCAGGCCUGGAGGGAAUCCCCCACCCUGGACAAGUCCUGCCCCUUCCUUGAAAGAGUGUACCGGGAGGACGUGGGCCCCUGCCUGGACUUCACCAUGCAGGAGCUCUCGGCGCUGGUACGGGCCGCCGUGGAGGACAACACGCUCACCAUCGAGCCCGUGGCUUCGCAGACGCCGCCCACCGUGAAGGUGGCCGCGGUGGAGUGUGGCAGCACCAAUACCUGUGCCCUGAGCGGGCUGGCUCGUGCCUGUCGCCACCGAAUCCGGCUUGGGGACUCAGAGAAUCACUAUUACAUCUCACCGUCCUCCCGGGCCAGGAUCACCGCAGUGUGCAACUUCCUCACCUACAUCCGCUACAUCCAGCAAGGCCUGGUGCGGCAGGAAGCGGAGCCGAUGUUCUGGGAGAUCACGAGGCUGCGGAAGGAGAUGUCGCUGGCCAAGCUCGGCUUCUUUCCCCAGGAGGCCUAGGGCAUGGCUGGAGCCUGGAGGGGGGCUCUGAGCCACAGCCAACACCUGCCCCGGCACAGACAGACAGGAAGAUAGGGUCCUGGCGCCAGCCCUGAGCCAGAAGCCGGGCAGAUGGACAGAUGGCCAGGCCAUGGAGGCCUUGCUGAGCCGGUACCAAAUCUUCAUCCCGGGAAAGACAGGACCUCAUGAGCUGACCCUUCGCCCUUCCCCAGUGGCCCUACAGCCACCAGGAGACUUUCAAGAAGGCACCAAAGACCAAGGAGCUUGGACCCACACUCAGGGGCUCAGCACCCCCUUUGCAGGCCUGGGAGCUGCUGCUUGCAGUCACCUUGUUGCUGUGAUGUCCUCAGAAAGGGCUCACACUGGGUGGCCUGACCUCCAGGGUAUCUCCCACCUCGGUUCCCAAGCCCUGGGCCACCAGCACCCCCGUGUGGCCAUCCCUCCCCCAUUCCCGUGGGGGCAGUGCAGCCACAAGGGGCUGUCAAGGACUUGCACACCAUCUGCUUGAGAACUACCCCAAACUGUUCUUAAGAUGGAUCAGGGCCCCUCCUCCCACCCUCGCACUUGACCUUCCCCCCCUCCUCCAUCUGAGCCUUGUGCUCCUGGAGGCCCUGCCCCCACCACUGGAAGGAUUAGGAUACUUUGCUCCCGAAGUAAAAUACAGACAGGGCCUCAGGACACCGUGUCUGUGUUCAGCUGUGGGUGGCCGUUCAGACAGUGGGGGCUGAGGUCGCCAAGCCCUGUACACAGGACCGGGGGAGGGUGGGCAGGACGCAGGCCCCUCCUCGCCCCUCACAGCCCACUCAGGACCGGGGUCCAACCUGGACACAUCCCUCACCGUGGCCGAUUUCCUCCUUUGAAUGGAAUGUAACACGAUCUCUAUUUAAUAAAGGAAGGCUUUGUUGGUAGA